GUUAUAAAUUGAGAGGGCGCUUCCCAUUUUCCCUCUCUUCGAGUGUAGGCAGUCGGGCCUCUACACGUGGCUGUUCCUGACUCACCGCUGUUCGCUCGGCAAGCAUCGGAUCGCACCGUCGGACGAAUAAGUCGGUCAGGGAAGUGAUAAGAAAAAUGGCUUUUAAAGACCCAGGCAAAGCCCCUGUAGACCAGGAAGUGGCCAUCCAUCGUAUCAGGAUUACUUUAACAAGUCGUAAUGUGAAGUCUCUGGAAAAAGUGUGUGCUGAUCUGAUCCGUGGUGCCAAAGAGAAGAACCUGAAGGUUAAGGGCCCAGUCCGUAUGCCUACCAAGACUCUUCGUAUCACAACCAGAAAAACACCUUGCGGUGAGGGUUCCAAAACCUGGGAUCGUUUCCAGAUGCGCAUCCACAAGCGCCUGAUUGACCUGCACAGUCCUUCCGAGAUUGUUAAGCAGAUCACUUCCAUCAGUAUCGAACCUGGCGUAGAAGUUGAAGUUACUAUUGCUGAUGCAUAAAUGACACUUCUGUUUAAUAAAAGAAAGUAAUGUGGA